AUGACAGUCCACCGAAAACGAUGCGCGCUGGACAGCCCCUCCAAGCAACUCAUGGAUGACCUUGCGCGCGAAUUACAGCAAGCCAAAAUUUUCGACAAUGAUAUGAGAAAAGUCCGUGCCUACGAGCGAAAAACCUUUUAUGAGAAACUCGACCGACUUGACCGUGAGCGUGAAGAAGUCCACACCGCAGCUCUCGAUAAGGUCGCAGCUCAACAUGCCCAAAUUGGCAGGGAGGCAGAGGAGAUCUUGAGAGAACACAACCGUGCAGAGGAAGAGGAGCGUCGUCGCAAGGAGGAGCAAGCUCGCAAGGAGCGAGAGCGCAUUGAGCGCGAAAAAGCCGAAAGGCUUCGGUUAGAACAAGAAGAAGCCGCACGUCUCGAAGCCGCGCGUGAGGCUGCGCGCGAAGCCGAACGCAAGACGAAGGAAGAGCAAAAGAAGAAGGCCGAGGAGGAAGCGGAGCGAGUGCGACGAGCAGCGCAGGAACAGAAGGAACGGGAAGAGCGUCAACAGCGAGAUAAGGUAGAGGCUGAGAACCGCGCAAGGAAAGAGGAGGCGAAGAAAGCGCAAGAAGCAGCGGAAGAGAAGGCCCGCAGCCAACAGCAGCAGAAGCAGCAGAAGUUUGGUGGCAGCAGCCUUGCCCCCGAGGAGAUCAAUAUCCAGGAGCGGUAUGUGGCGCUACACAAAACCUUGAAAGAGAUGCGCGCGUGGUUGCGUGAUUUCGGCAAGAAAGAGCCGGUCAUCAAGAAGGCAAUGGGUGAUAUGCGUCGAUCCAUCACGAAGUCGGUAGGCCAGCUGCGUGACGCCAAGGGCGUUAACAAACAACAGACCCAGCAGAUCCGCGCUGAGCUGGAAAAGGCCUUGACGAUUUCAGAACCUACUGUGGAUGUCCGGCAAUUCUUCGCGUUCCCCCCAGAGGAAAUCGCCAACUCGGAGAAUAAGGUCCCCGCUCUGCUAAUUUAUGGUCUUAACAUCCUGGCAAAGUGUUUGAUCAAGGCCCUUAUCGUUGAAGCCGCCGCCAAACCCGGACAUGCCGAGCCUGUGGGCAUCCUCGCCGCCCAGAUCUUCUCCACCGAAACGUUCAUGUAUAAAGGACUCCACAUGUCUGACAUUCUGUGGGCUAAAUACCGCGUCGUCUGCCCAGCUCUCUGGGGCUUUACCGGCCGCGAAGACACAGAGUCGGGCCGGCGUGCCAUUGGCUGGUGGCGCAACGACGACGGAACCUCCUUCGUUAGUGAACAAACACACCUGGAUCGAAUGACAGCCCUCGGUGCCGGGUUUGCAGCAUUGUCUUUGCGUAACUUUGGCAAAACAACACGGCGCAAUCCUUUCCCUAACACCAUCUUCUGGCAAUCUCUCCAAAAGAUCCUUUCCCUCCCUCCAUCAGAUAUUCUGGACACGCAGGUUACCCUUCUCCAAUCCAUGCUUCGACCCUCUGGAGAUCGAAUCCUGGGCUUUUUCGGGCAAAUCGGCCUUGUUCUCGUCCGUCAGGCUGUGGUUGGGUUACCCCCAGCUCUGAACCGCAAUACGAUGCCUGUAAACCAACUGAAGCUGGUCAAGGAGCUCUAUUAUCGGGAAAGCAACAUCCUUCUGUGA